AGCGGAAGGGGCGGGGCUCCGCGCCCGAGUGUCCAGCGCUGCUGCUGGUGCUGCUACUGCCACCGCCGCCGCUGCUGCUCCCCGAGCCGGAGCGGGCUGGGCCGCCGAGGCAAGAUGGUGGACUACAGCGUGUGGGACCACAUCGAGGUGUCUGACGAUGAGGACGAGACGCACCCCAACAUCGACACGGCCAGCCUCUUCCGCUGGCGGCACCAGGCCCGGGUGGAGCGCAUGGAGCAGUUUCAGAAAGAGAAAGAGGAGCUGGACAGGGGCUGCCGUGAGUGCAAGCGGAAGGUGGCCGAAUGCCAGCGGAAGCUGAAGGAGCUGGAGGUGGCCGAAGGCGGCCAGGCGGAGCUGGAGCGGCUACAGGCCGAGGCGCAGCAGCUGCGUAAAGAGGAGCGGAGCUGGGAGCAGAAACUGGAGGAGAUGCGCAAGAAGGAGAAGAGCAUGCCCUGGAACGUGGACACGCUCAGCAAAGAUGGCUUCAGCAAGAGCAUGGUCAAUACCAAGCCUGAGAAGGCGGAGGAGGACUCGGAGGAAGUGAGGGAGCAGAAACACAAAACCUUUGUGGAGAAGUACGAGAAACAGAUCAAGCACUUUGGCAUGCUCCGCCGCUGGGACGACAGCCAGAAGUACCUGUCGGACAACGUCCACUUGGUGUGUGAGGAGACCGCCAACUACCUGGUUAUCUGGUGUAUUGACCUGGAGGUGGAGGAGAAAUGUGCACUCAUGGAGCAGGUGGCCCACCAAACCAUCGUCAUGCAGUUCAUCCUGGAGCUGGCCAAGAGCCUGAAGGUGGACCCCCGCGCCUGCUUUAGACAGUUCUUCACUAAGAUUAAGACCGCCGAUCGCCAGUACAUGGAGGGCUUUAACGAUGAGCUGGACGCCUUCAAGGAGCGCGUGCGCGGCCGCGCCAAGCUGCGCAUCGAGAAGGCCAUGAAGGAGUACGAGGCCGAGGAACGCAAGAAGCGGCUGGGCCCUGGUGGCCUGGACCCCGUGGAGGUCUACGAGUCCCUCCCAGAGGAACUGCAGAAGUGCUUUGACGUGAAAGACGUCCAGAUGCUCCAAGACGCCAUCAGCAAGAUGGACCCCAGCGAUGCAAAGUACCACAUGCAACGCUGCAUCGACUCUGGCCUCUGGGUUCCCAACUCCAAGUCCAGCGAGGCCAAGGAGGGGGAGGAGGCAAGCCCUGGGGACCCACUGCUGGAAGCCGUCCCCAAGCCGGACGAUGAGAAGGAUGUCAGUGCAUGACCCACUCUGGCCACCAUCACCGCCUGCCUGCCUAUGGGCCUCUGUGCACCCCUUUACAGAGAAGGAAAAACAGACACCAUCUCCUCAGCACCCGGCUUCCUCCACUUUCGCAGACUCCCAGCCUGGGGCCCGCCCUGCUGUCCCCUCCCACUGUCCCCACUCCCCAGUGCUCAUCUGCGUCUCUGCUUUGAGUCAAGGGGCUUCACUGCCUGCAGCCCCCCCACCCACCCAAUCAGCGUUAUGCCAAAGGCCCAGGGGUCCAGGGAGGGGCAGAAGUGGCCAGGCCCAUCCUCUGGGUGGGGGAGUGUCCCCAGCCAGGGCCAUCUCUGUGGGUCUGUUUUCACUGUCCCUCUGCUGUCCAGCCUUCUGUUUGGAGAACAGCAAUGAUCUAAUAAAGGAUGUCAGAUGCUCA